UUUUGAGGUUAUGUAUAUGUUUGUUUCUUUUUUUCUCAUCUCAAAAAUGUAAACAAACUAAUGCCAGUAACAGAAUACACGGUCGAAACUAGUGGUAAGCUAACCGAUUCAUUCGAUCUGGCCCGUAGGUGGGUGUGCUACCGGGAUCAUUAAUCGGCUUCGAGAGAAAACUCCCAUUUCGAAAGCGCAUAAUGUAGGUGGUGGUGCCAGAGAUCAGAUUUUUGUGACCAUGUAGUUGUAUCGAAGUCAAAGGCUGUUGCCGAAAGGAUACCAUGUACCCUAGUCCAUGGCUGUGGGCCCUGUUGUUGUUGCUAGUCGUGGUGGUCAACGGCACGUCGGCUCAAAAGUCGGACGCAGCCUCAUGUCCAGAACGGUGUUCUUGCCCAAAAAAACGGGUUGGAGACAAAUUCACUAAAGUUAAGUGUGGCGGUGUUGACAAACUCAUGACUCUCAAUGACAUACAGUUUGCUCAAAUUUCAAAUUUCACUGCUGUAACGUUUCUUGACUUGUCGACCAAUGUUAUUGCUGCUUUGCCCACAAAUGCCAUACCAAUACCUACUUUACAAAGAUUAGAUUUGACUAAAAAUCUAAUAUCAAUUAUACAAGAUGGAGCAUUUCUGGGUACACCAAAUCUUAAAUUCUUGACAUUGACUGAUAACAAACUCAAAAACAUAUCUCAAGGCAUGUUUGAUGGACUCUUUGCAUUGGAACAAUUGAAAAUAAAUAAAAAUAUGAUCACUCAAAUACCAGGCAAUACAUUUACUUUUUUGGUACAUCUAACCAGAAUAGAUUUAUCAGAAAAUCCAUUAGUUUGUGACUGUGAAAUAGCUGGUUUUCUUGAUUGGGCUAAGAAAGUAAAACUUGGACCCAAGUCUGAAUGUCAUGAACCAGCUAACCUUAAAGAUAUAUGGAUUAAGAAUUUACGUUUAGAUAUGUUAAACUGUGUUCGUCCAAAAUCAAAUUCACCACCAGAAAUUGAAAUCAUUCCCAACUCAAAUCUUGUUCUUUUCGAAGGAGAUUCAAUAGAAUUAUUGUGUCAAGCUGUUGGUACAGAUGCUCUUGAAGGUGUCAUUUUGACAUGGAACAUAAGUGCGUUACGUACAAAUACUUCAAUUAUUAUUACAGAUGGAGAUUUUAAAAAUACAGGAUUAAUUCAAAGUAAUAUAUCAAUAGCAAAACUCAAUUCAAAUCAUACUGGUAAAUAUGAAUGUAAACUAAACUCUUCUAGUGGAACUCGAAUACAAUCAAUUUCGCUAACUAUUAUUUCGAAUAAAACUAGUUUUUGUGGAGUUGAAGAGAGCAAAGAUAACAAAGGAACGUAUGCUUGGACUCGUACAAUCUCAGAUGUAAUUACUGUCAAACAGUGUCAAGCAAAUGAAGAAGUUGAACCCUUGGCUAGAGGUACUGUCAGUAGACAUUGUAAUUCAAAUGGCAAAUGGGAUGCACCAGAUACUUCAGAUUGUCCUUAUACAAGUCCAAUUACUCGUAUUUUUUAUACACAAUCCAAGACUAAUAUUACUCAUAAAGAUAGCACGGAAACAGCUAGACAGUUAUUUAACUACACAAGAGAUCAUUUUAAUGAAAUCAAAGAUAUCCUUGAUGUUAGUUAUAUUGCAGAUAUUGUGGUUGAUUAUUUGGAUGUAAUACGCGAUGAAAAAUCGCUAGCACCAAUUGUAGUGGAUUUAAUAAGUUUAACAGCAGAAUUGCCUAAAGAUUUAUUAUUAGCCGCUCAGAAAAAUGAUAAAUCAACUUCUAGGCUUGUGAAUGCUUUAGAAACUUCUUUGGAAUUUGCUUCUACCUUAAAUUCUCGAUGGACUUCAGCUAUAGCGAUGGAAGAAUUUGUUAUCACUAAAGAAAACUUUAAUGGUUUGACUUGUGUUUGGGGUCGGGAUGAAGAUGCUCCAACUACAAUGAAUUCUUUGAUGUGCUAUGUUUAUGUUAAUCAUACUUUUCCUCAAAAUAAAAUUGUUGAAGCAUUAAUUGAAAUACCAGGAUCAUUAUUUUCAAGUGAUACCAAAACUGACGUAUCUAAUAACAAGUUAAAGUUAGUAUUUACAGUCUACGAAGAUGGAAAAAUGUUUCCUGAACCAAUGAUGUUGGCUGAAGACAAUAUUACUUUAAUACCAACGGAAAUAAAAUCUUGUGUAUUGGUAACAAAAUUAGUUGGUAUUGAAAUGGAAGUUACACCUGAACCUCUUAUCAUAGCAUUGCGUCAACCUGAAAAUUAUGAUCGUUAUUUGACAAUGAGACCAAGCCCAUCAUGGUGGAACCCUUUAACAGGAUUGUGGGAUGUAAAUCCAAAUAUUAGUUGUCAAUUAGCGCAUAUUGGCGGUGGCAUGUUAGUGUAUAGAUGUAAUAGAUUUGGUUAUUUUGCAUUAACUAUGAGCCCAAUAUUAAUGAAUAAUAUUGUACCUCCAACAAACAGCACUGUGAAAAAAAAAAAAUUAUUCGCUCAUACAUCAAUUUAUAUUGGGACUUUUGUUGGAAGUACAUUUCUUUUAUUCUCAGCCAGUCUUUAUGUAAUAUUAAAUAGUAAUAUACAAAUGGCUAAAAAAUUGAAACACUCGCUACCUAAUACUUGGUUUGCAAUGGCAAUGUUUUACUUAAUUUAUUGCAAUGGAAUUCAUCGUACUGAAAAUUCAAGAACUUGCCAAAUAAUUGGAUUGUUAAUUCAAUUCUUCAGUUUAGCUCCAUUAUUUUGGAUGACAGUAACCAUCAAAGUUUUAUAUAAACGAGUACGAAAACCUUUUCUUUCUGCUGGUACUCCAUCAGAUGAUGGUGGUGGUAUGAAUAUACCACAUGAGGAUGUUGUUAUCAAGAAACCGCUUCUAGGAAUUUACAUGGUGGGCUGGGGUAUACCAAUGUUGUUGUGUGGAAUGUCAAGUGCUGUUAAUUUGCCUGGUUAUGGAGGACAUGAAGGAGAUUAUUGUUUUUUAAAACCAGGCCCUGCUUUUGGUUUCAUUAUUGUAGUUGCCUUAGUAGUUAUUAGUUGUAUUUUUAUACUAAGUUUGUUAGUUUCUUGUGCUGCCAAUGAUCUUGACUCCAAUGUACAGCUUUCUGAAGGUACACAAGCGACUGAUUUGGAAUUAUUGGAUCAAACCAACAGCAUGGUAGAACAUAAUAGUUGUCGCAGUCUUACUACACCAUCUAGUAAAGUAGAAGAUCCUGAACAGUCACUAGUUGUUCAACUAAGGUUUUUCAAUGGAACCUUAUUAGGAUUUUUAUUGACAGUUGCAAUGACUUAUUUUAAUGUUGGAGUUAUGCACAAUGCAACUAUACAACUUUGGUUAGGAGUGUGGUUUGCUUGUUUCAAUAUAUUUCAAAAUUUUUUAAUAAUGUGGUUUUAUAUAUUUGUAAGAAACGAUGUUCAAAAUGCAUUUAUAGAACUCAAAGAGCAUCGUUGGGGAAGAAAAAAGGUUGUAGAUUCAGUACGUGCCCCAUCUAUAAGAACUGACAGUUUCCAGUCAGUGAGGCCUAAGUCAAAUAGUGAAGUUGUAUCAUUGCAAUCAUUUAGGUCACCCCAGCUACAGCUUGUUAUGAUGAGACAUCAAUUAAAUACUGAGCGACAGAUUGACUAUUACAACCCACAUCAAAUAACUGUAGCAAAACGGUUUUUCAAAAAGCAACGAAAGAAACAAAAUAAUUUCCCUCGGCGCCCACCACUGACUUCCCCAGAACUCACUGACAUUUACUAUUGUCAGAAUGGUAAAACCAAUAACUUACGUAUGGAGUUAAAACAAAAUGGUGUGUUCUCAGACAGUGCCAUUACUGAUCAUGAGUAUGUUGAAGUGGAUGGUCAUCUACAAUAUCAACACAAGUAUACUCAACCAAGAGAUUAUUCAACUGAAGAGUUUGUCACUAGUCAAAUGAGUGGUGCUAGCUGUGAAGGAAUUUCAGAUAGUGUCACUGAUUGUGGACGGAAUAUUAGCGAAAAAGAAACAUGCAACAGUCCCCAUGUGAUAGUAUCUGAUUGUUCUAGUGCAAAUCCAUUGAAUCAUACUUAUGAAACAAUAACGCCAAAAAAAGAAAGAUGGACUGAUCCAAAUAAACGAAAAAAAGAUUCUAGAAAAUCUCAUAAAGUAUCUGGUUACACUUUAGCUAAAUCUAAUAAAUCAGACAGCGAUGAAAAUGAUGAAACUUGUGUUUAACAAAUAUUUGACUGAAUAAGAGACAUUUUAUAGUCUCAUGUAUAUACAUCAUGUAAGCUAUAUUUUAUAUUUAUAAACUUAAAUAGUUACUAAGCAUCAUUAUGAGUUCCAAAUAAUGUUUCUAUAUAAUAAUAAUGUAUGUUAGAUUUGCCAUCUAACACUACUGCAAAUAUUGUCAACUCAAUUUUAGUAGUUUUAGUUAAAAUUAAUGUCUGACCAUAAACGUUGUAAGGUAUUUUUUCAUUCAAUGCUUUUUUAAUAUUCAUAAUUUUAAUUGCAAAUUGAGUAAUAUAUUGCAAUUUUAUAGAAAUCUUAAUAAUCACUUCGAU